CAAGAAGUCAAGACAGGCAAACAGGAUGAAGCUGUUGAUCAUCGCAGCUGCCUCUCUGGCGGUGGUGAGCUGUGCCAGCCUCUCUCUGGAGGAUCUGGAGUUCCACGCAUGGAAACUCAAGUUUGGCCGCUCCUAUGGCUCACCUGCUGAGGAGGCCCAGCGCAGGUCCACCUGGACAGAGAACCGUAAACUGGUGCUGGUCCACAACAUCCUGGCUGACCAGGGCAUCAAGAGCUACCGCAUGGGCAUGAACUACUUCGCUGACAUGAGCAACCAGGAGUACCGAGACCUUGUGGUCGGCGGGUGCCUGAAGCGUAGCAACAGCAGCAAGUCUGGCAGCGCCUUCCUGAGCCUCAGCCUGGGAGACGUGCCCAAGGCAGUGGACUGGAGGGACAAGGGCUUUGUGACCGACGUCAAGGACCAGAAGGACUGUGGCUCUUGCUGGGCCUUCGGCGCGACGGGCUCUCUCGAGGGCCAGACCUUUAGGAAAACGGGAAAGCUGGUGUCUCUGAGCGAACAGCAGCUGGUGGACUGCUCCAGGGACUAUGACAACUAUGGCUGUGGCGGCGGUCUCCCGGACCCGGCCUACCAGUACAUCAAAGACAAUGGUGGCAUCGACACCGAGGAGUCCUACCCCUAUGAGGCUAAAGAUGGGAAAUGCCGCUUCAAGCCAGACAGCGUUGGUGCCACAUGCACCGGCUUCGUGGACAUUACCAGUGGGGACGAGAACGCUCUGCAGAAAGCCGUGGCAACCGUGGGUCCCGUGUCAGUGCUCAUCGAUGCCGAACAUUCCUCCUUCCAGAUGUAUGAGUCAGGAGUCUAUGAGGAGCCUGAUUGUAACCCUGAGAACCUGGACCAUGCAGUGCUGGCUGUGGGCUACGGAUCUGAGAAUGGGAAGGACUACUGGCUCGUCAAGAACAGCUGGGGUCUGUCCUGGGGUGAUAAGGGCUACAUCAAGAUGACCAGGAACAAGCACAACCAGUGCGGCAUCGCCAGUUCCGCCAACUACCCUCUGGUCUGAGGCGUCAUAGGGUCGGAGGUCAGAGGUCAGGUCCUGCGUAUGGGUCCAGUACACCGUCCUCUUCAUCACCGGCCUCUUCAGCACACUCCAGAGAUACAGGAGCACAGAGCAAAACUAAACCGUUUUAAUAAAUUCAUACGUACUUUAGUAAUAAUUCCUGAAUUCUAUAACAUGUUAACAAACAAAGAAUGUCUAUACCUUGUGGUCUUGAUAGAAGAUUACGAGUGACUGUGUAGUGACUGCUUUUCUAUUUUGUGACUGUGCGGAUGAGACAAACAUGUCCAACUGUACUCCAAAAUACCUACAUAAUAAAAAGAACCUAAACACUAUAUUUUGAUUUGUUUGUGCUUCUUGCCUAGUCUGGCUAUCAUGAUACAAAGCUUUAUCAUUUAAGAUUAAAUAUUAGCAUGGGGACCUUACUGUACUGUAACUCACCCUAGGCAGAUGGGUUGGGCCCUUGAGUCG